AUGCUUAAUGCACCUGCCAUAAACCGCUUGGGUCAGGAUCCAGGAAGGGCUCACCGGAUCAAUGCCAACAGCUUCCAGCAAAACGCGAUAACAACAGUAAAAGGAUGGCAAUAUGUAGCUUUUUACACUGAAGAUAAGGGCGAUCCAAGCAAUGGGUGUUAUGUGAACUUGGCUCGGCGGAAGGUUGGUCCACUUGGACUUCGGCGGGAGGAAGAGGGGUGGGAGGUAUUGACUUUCGAAGACUAUAAGCAAGUUGUUGAUGAUGGGCACAAUACCAUAUCUAUAGGUGUUUGUAGAGGAGAUGGAACCAUCCAUAUCGCUUUUGAUCACCAUUGUGAUAAGUUAAGAUUUCGAAUUUCGAACCCUGGAGAAGAUAUAGGAGGCGGGAACUGCAGCUGGACCGUAUCCCAGUUUACCAAGACACAGAGCUUCUUGCCCGGUGUGGCUCCAAGUGACUUCACAAAAGAAGUGACUUACCCUCGUUUUGUGAACAUGGACGACAAUCUCCUACUUACAUACCGUAUCGGCCAGGCAGGUGAAGGAUCUGACGUCCUGUACCGCUAUUCGUCAGAGACCCAUAGCUACACCUUUCUUGGGCAAUACCUCACAGGUGUCUCGAACAACCCAUAUGUAAACGGGGUUGAUUACCGGAUGGGUAUGCUCCAUGUUUCGUGGUGCUACCGCAAUUUCGUCUCCUUUUCAGAAUCCGCAUCGCCGAACGCACAUAAACAGCAAGCUGGUCCGAACGGACCCGAAAACAAUUUUGAUCUCAACUAUGCAUUCUCUGAUGACCUAGGCCGGAGUUGGAAAUGCUCUGAUGGUGGUACCAUGGCCGGUAUUGGAGACGGAGAAACAUUUGGAGGCCAGAACACGAUAAUGCCCAGCGCAGAUGGUGCAAGAGUCUUUGAAAUUCCCAUGGGAAGUGGGAUAUUGAACCAAGAGGCCCAGACUGCAGAUUGGGAAGGUGGAUUCUGGGCUCUUAACAGGGAGAAAAUAAACAAUGAGCAGAGAUGGAUAUUGUAUUACAGGGACGCCUCAGCUAAAUGGACGAAGAAGCUGGUACCGCAUGUUUCUCAGCCUACUGAAACUGGCUCAAGGGCCAAGAUUUGCGUUGAUAGAAACAGCAAUGUCUAUGUGAUUCUGCCUGGAAAUUUGGAUACUAGCUUGAGCAUAUUUCGAGGAAGAAAGGACGAGGGGUAUGAUAAUUUUGAACUCAUCUGGACUGACGACGGGUACGAUGGCGAGCCUCUUGUAGAUGUACAGCGGCUUGAGGGGACUUGGGUCGCUUCCGCUUCCAACGCGACAUUCCCCAAAACAACCUCCGCUCUACAAACUCAAACGGAAACCCACGUGUGGCAAGAUACAAGGACGAGCAAAAAGAAAGCACAUGCAAUGGCACCCAAGAACCUACCUCCCGCCGCGAAACAGGCCAGGAUCCUGGAUUGGUUCAGGGAAUCGAUGAGCGUCUAUACCUUAAAGGAACUCGAGAAAUCACUGCAAUCAGUUGCAUCUAUCAACCAAAUGCAAGUCAAGGACUAUCUGCAAGCUCUCCAGGAUGAAAACCUCAUCCGAGUCGAGAAAAUCGGCAGCGGCAAUUGGUAUUGGUGCUUCAUGUCGGACGCAAAGAAGACCAAGGAGAAUAUGAUCAACACGCUCAAGGGCGAGGAGAGCAAGCUUGUAGCUUCGAUUACUGAUACUGAGAGACAAAUCCAGGAAGAGAUGACCAAGCGGAAGAAAGAUUACGAGAUGCCUGAGAACAACGGCAUGGACCGAAAAGCCCUUCUCGAAGCACAUGAGACGCUAUUGAGGGAGACUGAGAUGCUUGACAAGGAGUUGGCUUGCUACAGCGACAACGACCCGGCAGAAAUCUUACGCAAGAUAGAGGAGACUAAGACGAUGAGGGAUCGGGCUAUGAGAUGGACUGAUAACAUCGAGGCUAUAGAAUCAUUUAUCGCCAAUCUCACCGGCGAUCGAGCUCGAGCAGCUGAACUGAUGCAGUCGACCUGCGGCGACGAAUACGUGGUCGGGGAGGGCCUGAAGGACCUCUGCUUCACGGCAUGA